ACAGCUCCCUCCCUAACCUUAGACCGCGGUGACAGGAACAUGGCGCUCGGAACGGGAAGCUUAUUUCGGACUCUCCUCACCCGGACUGUCGGGUUAAACUCACGGAACGUGAACGCAGCGGCGCCGAGUCGAAACGCGGUGACUUCAACAUCGGGCGCCAUCCUGCCGAAACCUGAGAAAACUCCGUUCGGGUUGGUGUGGAUGACGGCGAUCGUGGUCCCGUUCCUCUACCUGGGGACGCUCAUCAGCAAGAACUUCGCCGCCGUCCUGGAGGAGCACGACAUCUUCGUCCCCGACGACGACGACGACUGAAAGCGAGCGGGUGAUUGGAGGACGACGCCAGAAGGAAGCGACGCGAUAACGUUCGAUUCCGUCGGAUCCUGUUUACACUCGGACAUUCCGCCCGGCGUCUCAAACCAAAGCUGAAUUUUAUCACCAGAUAAUUUAACGUUGAUUAUUCACAUACUUAAGAUCGUAAGGUUGUAUCAUAAGACGUGUGUGUGUGUUUGUUACGAUGCAAUAAAACCUUGAACCGUC